UGGCGCCGUGUUACGAAUUGCUCAGACAACAAUACAAAACAUUUCGUUAUUUUCAACGUCAUGUGGCAUUAUAUUACACCACGGUCGUUAGGAGACAAUUAUUGUAGUACAUAAGCUCGAACGUUUCUGAAAGAUAAGGUGGAUGAUACCUGUAGUUGGCGUGGGUCAUAAUAAAAACACCGUGUAACAGUGCAACUGGCAUUGCGUUACUUCAAUACUUGCCCAUCGAAGGCCUGUACUGUAGGCUGUAGUACGGUACCGUACAGCACGCUAGAUACUGUUACAGCGGAUUUAUUACGCUUUGUUGAGGCGUGUCCCCGUAACAUGCUGACGUCCUCUUGCUACAUGAUGAACGAAAAUAAUGGCACCACUGUCGCACGUACCGAAACUCUGAUGGCCGAAAACACGGGGGAACAGCAGACGGUGACUUUUGUCGACCCCGACACCGGCAGACUGCGGCACGCGAUCGUCCUUGGAAGCGACGAGAAUCGCGAGCAAUACAUCGUAGAAGGCGAACGCGACGAUGCGGCCGACGGUGCCGGUGAACAUUUACUUGUGUGCGAGGGCGGCGUGCAGUGUGCACCGAGCGAGAGGCGAGUAGGUGUCAGGGAGAUGCGCACAGAGGUUGAGUCGCCUACUGACGAUGAUCAAGGACACAUGGUGAUCGUUCAGGACAGCGACGGGCAGCAGUACCAAUUGAGUGGUACUGGUAACAAUAAGGAGAUGUUCGUUGUCGGAGAAGAUGGGGAUCACCAAAUGUUCGUCGUCGGCGAUGAUAACAAACAUGUGGUUUUUAACGGUGACGAUGGCGAGCAGUUCGUCACUGAGCGAGUCAUCGAAAAGACAAACUCCUCUGAUGGGACCAGCAACGGCCAGCGCUAUCUCGUCGGUACGAACAACGAAAAAAUCACUCUCGAGAGCAGUGAAGAUCCGCGUGUUCUUGUGAACAGCAGUAAUGGUCAACGCGUUCUUCUGAACAGCACCGAUGGACAGCAUGUUAUUUUUAACGGCGUGGAAGGUCAGCGGUUCCUUGUCAGGGAUCGAAACGGGCAGCGGGUGUUCGUGAGCGAGAGCAGCGAUAACGACACCGACGGUGAACAACACCAGGUGGUUCUCAGCGAAGGUGAACAACACCAGGUGGUUCUCAGCAAAGGUGAACAACACCAGGUGGUUCUCAGCGAAGGUGAACAACACCAGGUGGUUCUUGACGACAGUGAACAGCAGCAGUCAUUCGUGGACGAGGAAAGCGGCAAACGAGUGGUUCUGAAUGGCAAUGGUGGAGCGGCCGUGAUCAUCGAGGAUGAGGACGGCAAGCAGUACGCAACUCAGGUGAUGGUAAACGAAUCGGGCGAACAAUACAUCCUCCUCGGUCAAUCAGAGGGCGCCAGCGAUGCUGACGAAACAAACAGAGUAGCGCGAGAGCAAACCGACGCCGCCGUGCCGAGAGGAGCGGAGGCGGUCGGCUUUGACGUCGCCAUGGCAACGACGACUCAGACUGCUCCUGGCGGCGGCGGGCGGUUUGUGCUCGACCCGGCGAUAAGAGAUGAGAUCAGGGAUCACGUUGGGAGGGACCUGGUCGUCGUUGAGGAGGAGGGGGAGGACCGCGACGGAAUGACGUACGUGAUCGUCGAGGAGACGCACGAGACGAAACAGCGGACGAUGCGCGACAGCGCAAAGUUCAAAGUGAAGCCCUACCGGUGCGGACUCUGCCAGAAGGAGUUUGCGUGCAAGACGAACUGCCUCAAUCACCUGCAGACGCACGUCGUGCCCGGCGGCCGGCCGUACAAGUGCGAGCGGUGCGGGCAGGCGUUCGGAGACCUCCCCGCGCUGACCCGCCACCUGUCGUCGCACGACGGCACCUCGCUCGAGAACAACAAGGAGCGCCCAUACAAGUGCGGCCUGUGCGGCCGCGUGUUCUCCUUUGCGGGCAGUUUCACAUCGCACAUGCGCGUGCACUCGCUGCAGGACACGUCGGCGGCGGCGCGCAAUGCGGCAGCUGUCGCCGCUGAUGUCGUCGUGGCGACCGCGCUCUGAUGUGUCCCCCGAGUCGAUCCUGCCGUGUCUUCACAUCGGUGUGCUAAAGUUCAGCGGAAUGCUUCCAAUAUACAAUCACUGGAUCAACAAAUCAGUUCGCAACAAUUCACAUGGGCCAAGGUGAAGGUGUGAGCAUUUUCUAAAUGUUUGUUAGCAAAUAUUGGAAAAGUCCCUACUGUGCCUUCAAAGAUGCUACCAUCUUAACUGUGGGACAAUAUACAAGAAGGACUCUUGUAUAGACUCGAUUCGGUAAUUGCAGUUGGCAUGCUCAUGUAAGUUGUAUGCUAUGUAAAGCACACCAAUUUAGUGAUAGUGUUUUAUAAACAUUGGAUGAACUAUACAAACCAGUCUGUUUAAUGAUAGUACUUGGAAAUAUUUCUGCUUGUUGUUACUGACUAGGUAGCCUAUGAAUUGUAAUAUAUUGUAUAUACAUGUAAAUGUCUAAACUCAUCUCAUAUUCAAGUUUUAGAUAAACACCAUUGGACAUUAUUAUUGUCAGUUACAAGUUCCACCUAAUACACCAAAGUCUGUAUGUUCUCAUCUUGUCAUUUAAGUUUACAUGUGUCAACAUUUCUGUAAAGCCACACAUGCAAUUGUGGGAGCACGCAAGUGUCCGAUUGUAUAAUUUUCAGUAUUUCUCUGUCGUUAACAUUGCCUGCAAUGUAGAACUCACUCACAACGAAACCGCUGCUGUCUGCAAGAAACUAGGAUACGAUGGCUUACGUAAAUUGGAGUUCGGUAUUUUCAUUUAUGACAAGUGUUUAUUCUGAGUCUCUCUGGUAAGAUUAUAUAUACUGUAACGUUUUACUGCAGGUCAUCAAACAUUGUAAGAAUUAGCAAUGUUUAGGUCCCUUGCCAUGACUUGGAAUAAAAGUGGAAGUCUCUAGACCAGAAAACAACCAAGCAAUUCAAAAGUUUGAAGAAUAAGAAUAUAAAAACAUUGAUAUUGGACUCUUUAAAGUAUUUGUUUUUUUCAUGCAGGAUCAUCUUCUGGUACUAUCUAAGUAUUGGAGUAAUCGUAAGCAUAAUAUGGUUAGCUGUAAAUGGUUUUGAUUGCAGUUUGCUAUCAGAAUUCUCUCAGGUGGAGAUUUUCAUACAUUGUAGAUAUUUUGAUAUUAUGUACGUGCAGUACAUAAAGAAAUUAUCGGGAAUACCUUCACGUACCUGAUGUUGUCGAAUAUAGUAUGGCUUUGUAUUUAAAUAACAUUGGUCGAAUCUUUGCAAUUAAUUUGAGAAUAAAAUUGUAAAAAAACAGUUAUUAUUU